AUAUAUAACCUAUUAAGUAUUAUUUACUGUCUCAUGUAUAAUAUAUAUAACCUAUUAAGUAUUAUUUACUGUCUCAUGUAUAAUAUAUAUAACCUAUUAAGUAUUAUUUACUGUCUCAUGUAUAAUAUAUAUAAUCUAUUAAGUAUUAUUUACUGUCUCAUGUAUUAUAUAUAUAACCUAUUAAGUAUUAUUUACUGUCUCAUGUAUUAUAUAUAUAACCUAUUAAGUAUUAUUUACUGUCUCAUGUAUAAUAUAUAUAACCUAUUAAGUAUUAUUUACUGUCUCAUGUAUAAUAUAUAUAACCUAUUAAGUAUUAUUUACUGUCUCAUGUAUAAUAUAUAUAACCUAUUAAGUAUUAUUUACUGUCUCAUGUAUAAUAUAUAUAACCUAUUAAGUAUUAUUUACUGUCUCAUGUAUUAUAUAUAUAACCUAUUAAGUAUUAUUUACUGUCUCAUGUAUUAUAUAUAUAACCUAUUAAGUAUUAUUUAUUGUCUCAUGUAUAAUAUAUAUAACCUAUUAAGUAUUAUUUGUGUAUUAAAUAUAUAG